UUUACUUUUUCAUAAAGCACUUCAGUAUGCAAUAUUUAUAAUAUCAAGAUCCAAAGGUAAGAUGCUCCCACAUUGAAAAUUAAUUAGUUGCAGAACCAUCACCACACUUUGCUUCAUUUAGAAGCCUCACUCACUUUCAAACUAUAUAUCUAUGCAUUACAAGGAGCAAUGCAGAAUGAAGUGCAAUAACUAACUACCAUUCCAAAAGGAAAUGGCUUUUCCUGCUCCAGUUGCCAUAGGCACAAGGGGCACCAUUGGAUCUCUAGUGAGGAAGGAAAUUGAAUACUUCACCAAGUUUGAGUUAGCACAGAAACCUCAGCAACACUUUCUGGACAUGAACAUGGCUUCUUGCAGAAGCUUUUCCAUGCCCAGCAGGUCAAGUCUCUGGGACUUGCUACCAACAUGGAAGAGGAAGAAGAGAAGAGGCACAAGUGGUUUCUUCCUCCCCAAAAUCUGUUCUGUAUCAGAAGUAGCUGAUAGCAAUCAAUUGAACAGAAUUCCUGGUUACAGCUACAGGAUUCUGAGGAAUGACUUCAACAACUUUCACCUCUGAGCCUCUGAUUCUCUUAAGAGUUCCUCACUUUCUUAUAGUGUGUGGCAAUGCAGCAUAUUCAUGUUAACUUUCAAAAUUGUGUUGCCAGACUCUGGCAACUUAUCUCUUAUUACUUUCCAUGUUCACUGUUAGAUCCUGUGUGUUUUAUUUCAUGCCUUCAAUGUACUGCUAGCUUUACAUAUUCAAGAUUUAAUAUAAAAUCUGAGUGUUCUACAGAUAAGAGUAAGCAGUGUGAAAGGAUGGGACAGUAAACAAUAAAAGAAUGGCAUGGUCAAUUUUCAUUAUCAAUUUCAAAU